GCAACUCAGAUAUGUUUCCCAGAGAUGUUAAUGUUAAUGAGAUGGUUGUAUUUCACUCCCAAGGACAGCUCGGAACUUGAUGAUCACGACUUUUAGCUCAAACUGGUCGGUCAUCCGGCACGACAGAGGUCUGGAAUAUCCCUGAAAUCUGGGGUAAGGAUGUGAAGUAUUUAAGAAUGCAGCACGUUCAAGUUAUGACAAAAUGAUGCUGGCACGACACGUUCCUCGACCAUCUGACCUCUGAAAGGUGGUCUGACCUGAUGCAAAGCCUCCAAUAGGCUUUCGAAUUAACAUUUUAUGGAAGCAGCAUCUAAUGCCCUUUUACAAAUUACACUUUUUAACACAAAUAAUGGACCAUUUUUAUGCAGGGUCACCUGAGCUUACAGCACAAUAUCCAGUCUACAUCAUCAUUAUGACUUUUAUGGUCACAUUCAGGCUCGGGGUAAAGGUAAGGGAAGGACUGUUGUCUGGUCCAAUAAUGAAACCAAAUCCAUCUCGACUUGACAUUUAUCAGAAACGAAACUCUUUUCCUUUCCUUUCCCAUCAAGCCCAACCACAUCCUGCUGACUCUGAUGCAGCUCAUACAUGGUGGCGUUCAUUUUUCAUUCAUUUACGAAACCAUUUCUGUCUGAACGUAAUCCAGCCAGUGAUUACCACUGACUGUACAUAAAGAUGGAUGGAUCCUCUGUUACCCACAGGGCGGUUUUGAAUAUCUGUGUGGUGUCUCCGACCAUCGCCAUCCUGUCCUUGUUUGACUUCACCGGACUUGAGGUGGAGCAGGAGCGGAGCUGAAGUCGGCGAGUAUCACCAUUGUAGCUACAGAGACCGGAUUUUUUUUUUUUUUCUUUUUUUUUACCAGGCUGUGUAUCUGCAGUAAAGACAGGCAUUUUAACACUGGAGAUGACGGGCAUUCCCUCCCCUUUUGGAGCCAGCCUCAGGCAACUAUUAGAGGAAAUGCAGUUUUCGCCACUUCCACACUGGCUUCAGUUUCCAGCAGAGGAGGCUGAGACUUGGUGCUUACGUUGCACCUAAACACAAUUGGGAAAGCAGUUUAUUGUAGGAAACAGGAAAAAGCAAUGCAGGUCUGCUUGUGAAUUUUUGUACCAUUUGCACUCCUGUCCAUGCACAUCUCUACAAACUGCUACUAUCUUGGACUACUGUCACUGUUGUACAUAAGUGUUUAUUACAAGAUGAAAAGAAAAAACAGCCUUUUGAUUCUCCUGAAUGUCCUUCUUCUGUGAAAUAUAAAGAACUUACGAUAAAAAAUCUUUGAAUCUUAAAUAUAAAUAUAAAAACAUACACGUUAGAAUACAGCGGCUGUCAACGAAAUGCAUAGCUUUCAAAUCCAACCUGUUCCUGAAUCCUGACAUAGACUAAAUAAACUGGCUGUAUAAUAUGAUUCAAAAGCUCCAGAAAAAAAGACCCAGGAGGUGGAUUGGUGGUUCAGCUCCAGAUCGUCUUCACCACAUUUAGAGCUUUGACUUUUCCGAGGGUGCAUUUACAUGGACACCGAUGAUCAGAAUAAAAAUGUUGUGUGUUGAAAUUCUGUUCAAUAAUAAAUGAUCAUCUCCUAAUAACAAUGUGAACUCUUGAUCUUAUUGAUCGUUUCUCUCUUGAAGGAAUAAAUGUAUUCUUUCUGUGCAUCAGUGCAGCUUGUUGUCCGUGUUAUAAGGGAUGAACAAGGAUGGAAUCAAGAUGGUUAAUUUAGUAAAUGCAAUAUUAUAAAGUAAUACAACUUAUCCACUUGUUAAAAGUCAUAUUCUGAUUGAUGUUUUGGGGGAAUGUGUAUUCUAUCAGAUAAUUUUAUUUCCAUGUAAACAGUUACUCUGUAAUGAGGAUGAUUUCAAUCCCGUCCUGGGGAAUACACAUGAUAUCCAUGUGUUAUUUUAGGACCCAAAAACUUAGUGUGUCUUCUCUUUUAAAUGAGACUAGAUGCAUUUCUCUCCACAGUUUUCAGUCACUAUAUAAAACCAUGUGCUUCUCCUCAAGUAACAGCAGAAGCGAAGGUGAAGCUGAAUGCCCUCACACUUGAGGUGAAGUUGGGAAAGAAGACCUGUUAAAACAUCCCACAAUUAAGCAGCAGUUUUCAACCGGCUUAAUCCUGACGAAAACAACAACAACAACAACAACAACUAACAAAUCAAAAGGACAUGUCCGAAAACGCAAAAGAAACGCAGCUGAACUUGUGGACUUUCCUGAAGACGUUCCGCCGCUCAUUUCAAAUCCAGCUUCCUUUCUUUUAGCGGUUCUGGACACACGCCGCGGUCUGGAGGACUGAGAACCUUCUCGGGCAUUAAGCGAAGGGACAUUUCAUAAACACCGCAGAUCGUGAAUAGCGUUUUUAGGUCCAGCAAACAAGCCGAACAUCCGGGAAACGCGACCUGAUCUGCAAAAGACGUGGAAUGCCUUAUUUCUUGUCUUCCGCCCUUCAAAACCCGGUAAUGAUGGAGGAGCAAAAAGCGACAUGAUUGGUGGAUGCAGGCGGCCGAGGAGAAAUGUAAACCCCUUCGUUUUGUUGCAUCGAGGGGGUUGAAAACUGAACGCUCCCCUCUUGUUUUUUUUUUUUUUUUUGCUUCUUCUCCCCCUCCUCCUCCUCCUCCUCCUCCUUCCUUCAAUGACAGCAGCAGGAGCCAGCCGGUCGGUGCGGUGGGAAGCUUCCCCCGGUACGAGAAGGAUUUCCCUGCAAGUCUGCGAUGCAGUGACGGGAUAGAAGAUGAAAAUACUCAAGAAGGACAAGCAGCAGAUGUUCACUGGCCUCCUGAAGCACACACCACCUCCGGCCUCCGCUGCAGCAGCCUCCUCAUCCGCCUCGGACCAAAACAGCAACGCACAAAACGCAGUUCCCACAAUCCCUCGGGGACACCUGGUUGUGGGCCCCAAGGACCAGCUCCGCCUCCUCACCCCCGUCGGCAGCACGGCGACAUCCAAUCACUGCACGGCGGCCGGGGCCCACGCUGCCAGGCACUCCGGGGGCGCCCCGCGGCCCCCCUCCUCCCUGAGCGAGGAGGAUGACGGAGGAGGCGGAAGCAGGGUGAAGAAGAAACGGAAGAAAAAGGACAAGAGACAAUGGGAGAAAGUGGUGGUGGAGGGGGAGGAGAAGGAGAGCAGCAAACCAAAGAAACGGAGGGAGGAGAGGCAGGCGACGGUGGUCACGCUGAGGAAGAGCAAGGAGCCCAAGGAAGGGAAGGAAGGGAAGGAGCGGAAGGAGCGCAGGGCCAAGGGGAAGGAGAGCAGGAAAGACAGUGGCAAAGAGCUGAAGAAUGCGGCGGGGGGGAAAACGUCGGGCGCCGCGGGGGCACCCGGACCUGCUCAGGUGCCUGUUAAGGUGCCUGGCAAAAGAGGAAGAAAACCGAAGAUCAAAGUCCUACCUCCUCUACCCAAGAAUCAAGCACCUCCUAGCCAAGGACUUCCCACUAAGGUUUCAGGACACGUCGGGGGCGCCCAGAGCCACGGCAAGAACCACGGGCCGGCCAACAGCAAGACGCCGGCUCCCUCAGCGCCAAAACAGAGGGGUCGCAAACCCAGAGAUCCUGGCGCAGCGCCGGUGGAGAAGAAGAAGAAGGGGAAGAGGAGAAAACAGGAGCCGGCUGUCCAGGAGGGGGUGGAGAGUGACGACGCUACCUCAAUGUCAGCCCUCAACAUGGGCGGGGAGGACAGCCAGGAUCCCUUGGAUAACGCAAAGCGGCGCUCGGGGCGACAAGUCAAAAGGAGGAAAUACAACGAAGAUAUGGACUUCAAGGUGGUCGACGACGAUGGAGAGACCAUCGCUGUCCUCGGAGCUGGUCGCAUCUCGGCGCUCAACGCCACCGCUCUGGCGUGGCAGGCCGAGGAACCGCCUGAGGACGAGGCCAACAUCAUUGAGAAAAUUCUAUCUGUGAGAACAGUGAAGAAAGAGACUUCGUCAUCUGAGGACCAAGUGGACGAUACGGAGGAGUUCUAUGUCAAGUACAGAAAUUUUUCCUACCUGCACUGCAAAUGGGCCACUCUGGAAGAACUAGAGAAAGAUCCCAGAAUCCACCAGAAGAUUAAACGCUUCAGGACCAAACAGGCCCAGAUGAAACACCUGUUCACUGAGCCCGACGAGGACUUGUUCAACCCAGACUACGUAGAGGUGGACAGAGUGCUGGAGGUGGCUGUUACCACAGAUACUGAGACUGGAGAGGAGGUGACCCAUUACCUCGUCAAGUGGUGCAGUUUGUCGUAUGAGGAGGCGACGUGGGAGCUACAGGAGGACCUGGACCCAGAGAAGAUCAAAGAGUUUGAGGAGAUCCAGAAACUGCCGCCAGACCUCCGACACAUGGAACGUCCUCCUCCAGACAAAUGGCAGAAGUUGGAGCAGUCCAGAGAUUACCGCAACGGAAACCAGCUCAGAGAAUACCAGUUAGAGGGAAUGAACUGGCUCCUGUUCAACUGGUACAACAGGAAAAACUGUAUCCUGGCAGAUGAAAUGGGGCUGGGGAAGACCAUCCAGUCCAUCACCUUCCUGUACGAGAUCUUCAGCAUGGGGAUCCGCGGCCCCUUCCUCAUCAUCGCCCCGCUGUCCACCAUCACCAACUGGGAGAGGGAGUUUCGCACGUGGACUCACAUGAACGUCAUCGUGUACCACGGCUCCCAGAUCAGCCGGCAGAUGAUCCUGCAGUAUGAGAUGUUCUACAGGGACCCGCAGGGUAACACUAUUCCCGGUGUGCUGAAGUUUCACGGGGUGAUCACCACUUUUGAGAUGAUCAUGGCUGACUGUCCGGAGCUGAAGAAGCUGCACUGGCGCUGCGUGGUGAUCGACGAAGCCCACCGACUGAAGAACAGGAACUGCAAACUGCUGGAGGGACUCAAACUCAUGAACCUGGAACACAAGGUUCUGCUGACAGGAACCCCUCUGCAGAACUCGGUCGAGGAGUUGUUCAGUCUGUUGAACUUCCUGGAGCCGCUGCAGUUCCCUUCAGAAACCUCCUUUCUGGAAGAGUUUGGAGACCUCAAGACGGAUGAGCAGGUGAAGAAGCUUCAGGCCAUUUUGAAGCCCAUGAUGCUGAGAAGACUGAAAGAUGACGUGGAAAAAAAUCUAGCUCCGAAAGAAGAGACCAUCAUAGAGGUGGAGCUGACCAACAUCCAGAAGAAAUACUACCGAGCCAUCUUGGAGAAGAACUUCUCCUUCCUGUCUAAAGGAGCGAACCAGCACAACAUGCCCAACCUCAUAAACACCAUGAUGGAGCUCCGCAAGUGCUGCAACCACCCGUAUCUGAUCACAGGAGCUGAAGAGAAGAUUCUGGAAAGCUUCAGGAAGUGCCACAGUCCGGACGCUCCAGACUUCCAGCUGCAGGCCAUGAUCCAGGCAGCUGGUAAACUGGUGCUGAUCGACAAGCUGCUUCCCAAACUGCUGGCAGGGGGACACAAAGUCCUGGUCUUCUCCCAGAUGGUCCGCUGUCUGGAUAUCCUGGAGGACUACCUCAUUCAGAGACGCUACACGUAUGAACGCAUCGAUGGUCGCGUUCGGGGGAACCUGCGGCAGGCGGCCAUCGACCGCUUCUGUAAGCCGGAUUCAGACCGCUUCGUGUUCCUGCUCUGCACCAGAGCCGGAGGCCUGGGAAUCAACCUGACGGCUGCCGACACCUGCAUCAUCUUCGACUCAGACUGGAACCCUCAGAACGACCUGCAGGCCCAGGCGCGUUGCCACAGGAUUGGCCAGAGCAAAGCGGUGAAAGUCUACAGGCUGAUCACCAGGAACUCGUACGAGAGGGAAAUGUUCGACAAGGCCAGCCUGAAGCUCGGGUUGGACAAAGCCGUCCUACAGGACAUCAACCGUAAAGGGAGCCUCAACGGGGUGCAGCAGCUUUCUAAACUAGAAGUGGAGGAUUUGUUGAAAAAAGGAGCAUACGGAGCGCUGAUGGACGAAGAAGACGAGGGCUCCAAGUUCUGCGAGGAAGACAUUGAUCAAAUUCUCCAGAGGCGAACUCAGACCAUCACCAUCCAGACUGAGGGGAAAGGAUCCACGUUUGCAAAGGCCAGUUUCAUCUCGUCUGGUAACAGAACAGACAUCUCUCUGGACGACCCCAACUUCUGGCAGAAGUGGGCCAAGAUCGCAGAGGUGGAGAUAGACUCCAAGUCAGAGAAGGAGUCUCUGGUGAUUGACACUCCCAGGGUGAGGAAGCAGACCCGUCACUACAACUCUUUCGAGGACGAUGAGCUGAUGGAGUUCUCAGAGCUGGACAGCGACUCGGAGGAGCGGCCUUGUCGGACGCGGCGCCUGGGCGAACGCAGCCGGCGAUACCUCCGCGCCGAAUGUUUCCGGGUCGAGAAGAAUCUGCUGAUCUUUGGCUGGGGUCGGUGGAAGGACAUCUUGAACCACGGCCGCUUUAAGUGGCACCUGGCUGAGAGAGACAUGGAGGCGAUAUGCAGGGCCUUGCUGGUUUACUGCCUGAGACACUACAAAGGUGAUGACAAGAUCAAGAGCUUCAUCUGGGAUCUGAUCACACCAACAAAGGAAGGCCAGGACCAGGCGCUGCUCAAUCACUCUGGUUUAUCGGCUCCGGUUCCUCGGGGUAGGAAGGGGAAGAAGCUGAAGAAUCAGCUGAAUGUUCCUGAGGUGAAGAACGCUGACUGGCUGGUCCACUGCAACCCAGAGGUGGUGCUGCAGGACGAGAGCUACAAGAAACAUCUCAAACAACACUGCAACAAGGUGCUGCUGAGGGUGCGGAUGUUGUACUACCUAAAGGUGGAAGUUUUGGGUGAGGCUGCCAAUCAAGCUCUUGAAGGGAUACCUGCCAGUAAACUUGAGGUGUCGCUGCCCGACAUCGACUACAUAGAGAUCCCGGUGACGUGGUGGGAUGCAGACGCUGACAAGUCUCUUCUCAUAGGAGUUCACAAACACGGAUAUGAGCGGUAUAAUGCCAUGCGUGCUGAUCCAGACUUGUGUUUCCUGGAAAGAGUGGGGAUGCCGGACGUCACAGCUCUGUCUGCUGAGCAAGGAGGAGGCGAGGUGGUCACUGACAUGGCCGACAGCGUGUGCAAAACCGAGGAGCCAAAGGAAGACACCGAAAACAAAGCUGAUGGAGGGGAGGAUAGGGACGAGAACAGCAAGGGAGAGGAAACCUGCUCCAGCACUGAUACAUCAGACAAGCCAGACAGUACAGGUCCAGACUCCCAGAUGUCAGGCGACUUGUGCGCUCAGGACGCGACUCUGGUCACGACGACGACAGCAGGCACCGGGACCGGGGUGGCGUCCCUGCAUGUGGUGCAGGCCCGGCCCCUGUGGCCCACCGGCCCCGCGCUGACGGCGCGUUUACGGCGUCUGAUCACCGCCUACCAGCGCUUCACGCUGCGGCGCGAGCCGCUGCUCAGGCACGACUUCCUGCUUCACGACGGCCUCGUUGGCAUGGGGAUCGGAGGAGCCGGGGCUCACAGUCAUCACGCCGGCGGGCCGCUGGCUUGGCAGCUGGGCGAAGAGCUGAGGAGGUGCUCUGUGGUCGCCACCGAGCCCGACCCGUUGUUCCUGGAGUGGCAGCGAAGGUGGACCCGCCGAGAGCAAGCCGAUUUUUACCGCACGGUGUCGUCGUUCGGUGUGGUGUAUGACUCGGAGAGGAAGACAUUUGACUGGUCCCAGUUCAGAGCGCUGGCCCGGCUGGAGAGGAAGACGGACGAGAGUUUGGAGAGAUACUUCAACUCCUUCGUCAACAUGUGCAGGACUGCCUGCAAGCUCCCCCCCAGGAAGGAAGAAGGCUUGGUGGAUCCUGCUGUGCUCGUGGAGCCUCUCACCGAGGAGAGAGCGGCGAGGACGUUAUAUCGCAUCGAGCUGCUGCGGAAGAUCAGAGAGCAGGUUCUCCGACACCCGUUACUCUCUGCCCGCCUCCAGCUGUGCCGCCCCUCCCUCUACCUACCCGUCUGGUGGGAGUCUGGCAAACACGACCGGGACCUCCUCAUCGGGGCGGCCCGUCACGGCUUGAGCCGCACCGACUUCUACAUCCUGAACGACCCCCAGCUGAGCUUCCUCGAGGCUCACAGGAACUACGUCAGGGGGCACCCAUCCCACGUUCACCCCCAAAGUCACCAUCACCCUCACCACCCGGGCCUGGCCGCUCACCCCGGCAUCUCCCCCUCCUCAUCGUCGCACCCGCAGCUGCCCCAUCCUCACUGCUGCCUGUAUGAUUCGGGCCUUGGUCGUCACUCCCCUCAGCCUCCGGAGUACCCCCACCAGUCGUCUCACCACCACCACCACCACCACCACCACCAGCAGCACGCAGUGCCUCAGUCUGCUCCCUCCCCUUCCUCCUCCUCGUCCUCGUCAUCCCACCCCCACCUGCACCCUCCGACGCUGGAUGCCCACGAUUCGGCUUCACCGAGUCUGGGCAUGGUUCCCGGGUCGCGGGGAGACUUCCUCGACUGUCCUCCCUUGGAUGAGACUCUGGAGCUGGGUGCGCUGCAGCACGACGCCAUGUCAGCUGAUGCUCUACAUGGGGGGAAGGUGUCUAAAGAUGCCCUCAACGGCUUCCCGUUUAACUCGGCUGCAGGAGGUCAAAGCAUGCUCAACUCAUACGGCGUCGGGGGAACGGACCUGGACUCAAAACUAAGGAGUGACGUGUUGGUCGGUGAGCAGGGCUCGUCUGAGGAAACUGGCCUGAUGGCACCAUCAGUGGAGCUGGAUCAGUUACAGGCUCCUUGGGACAGUACGGACCACACCAGUCCUGCUCACCACAUGUUCAAUGAAUCUGAUCCAAUCCUGGGCCCCUCUGCCCUGGAGACGGGCUUUCUGGAGGAGGACGAUGAGGAGGCACAGGGGGGAGACAGAGGAGGGGAGGAAGGUGGGACGCUGGAGGAGUGCUUAGGCCUCCCACCCUCGUCCUCUCCGUCCCAUCCCUCAGCAGGAGACUCUGUUGAGCCUCUGUCCUCGAGUUACAUGCUCUUCAAGGACAUUGGUGUGAACGAGGAGCCCAGUGCCGAUCAAACAGACCUGUCGGCCAGUCCCCCUCUGCCCUAUGUCCCUCCGCCUCCCCUCUCUCUGUCUGACAUCACUGCCCACGAGCCGCAGGAUGGCCUGGGUCACUCUGACGUCUCCGAGGGCCUGACCAAUCCUGUGGAGGAAGGAGAGGACCGGGAGGGGAGUGCCGGUUUUGAGUUUGACGACAAGGAGGAAGAUGAGGUGGAGGAUUUGUCGAGACAGACCACGGAGCAGAACGCAGAGACACAAAGAGAUAUGAGUCUGGAAGGAGAGGAGUGUAACACACAGCAAGACCAAAGUUUGGAAGUCUUGCAUCCACCCGUAGUACUGCCAGAGAUGGAUGGGAUAGGGCCACAUGCCAGCCUGGGUGAACCGGACAAAAGGACGGAGGACUUAAACCAAGUGUCCGAAGACCUGCAGGACCACUUUGACCAAGCAGAACUGAAUAAAGACGACUUACCCCAGGACGUGCACCCCUAUCUUGGAAAGCUGGAGCAGGAGGGUAGCCUUGUGUGUCCUGAGUCUAUUGAAGAGCCUGUGGAGGAGGUGGACGGCUUGAUUUUGUAUCAGACGGUGGAGGAACAGGCUCCCGAAAAUUCCCUCGACACCGACGCUUUGGUGGGAAAUGCAACUGGUGAGUUUGUACAAAUGAAAGGAAUUCCACAAAAAUCUGGAGAGGGCGGUCCAACGGCUCACACAGAUCUUGCAGAUCAAGUGGAUGAAAUCUCAGAAGGCCAGGUGGAACAUGUUUCCUCUAUUGAUGCUCCAGUGGAACAGUACUGCGAUGAAAACGCCAAAACCACAGAGAUGGAGCUGGAGAGCAUUUACUCAGAAUAUGCACAGCCAUCCUGUCCCUCCCCUACAGUACCAUCAAAGUCCUCUGAAACCACCAGGGAAAGUGAUGGCGGGGCUGGAGCCAGCACGGAAAACUGUACGGAUCAGGAUGAAAACCUGAACUUGCCAGAUGGCAGCAGAUUCUCCCUUGAUCAAGAUAGAAAGGACAAUCUGCUUGAUCAAAAUCAAUUUAAAAUAACCCCAAAUCUCCCCGUGAACAGCACUGACAAAACCCCAUCAGAUCUUUUACCAGGUGGUGAUGUUGACAAGAAACCAGAGCAAUUGGUGCUACCAGUCAAGGUAGAGGAGACCAAGAUGGAGAUUGUUGAUGAUAUCUGCCCUGAUAGUUCUCAAGUUAAACAUGCUCAUUUGUUUUCAUACCCUGUAAAGGCAGAAGACUUGGUCACCAAAACCGAGCAGUUACACUCUCCAGUUAAAUCUGAAACGCUGGAGACUAAACCUGAAGAUCUGAGCCUUCCUGUGAAGCCUGAGAACUUAGAUACGAAACCUGAAGUUCUUCAAUUUGUAGCCUACUCAGAUGGCAGCGAAGUCAAAACUGAAGCCAAACCAUUAGCUCUGGCGUUUACCGCGUAUCCAGCUGGUGCCAAGCUUAAGAUUGAAACAAAACCUGAAAGUUUUGGAUUAACAGCCUUCGCUGUCGCAUCUGCCAUCAAGCCUGAAGCCAAGACAGAGUGUCUGGGUUUCACAGCAUACCCAGACAGCUCUGAGAUAAAACAUGAGGCCAAGCCAGAGUUUGCCGCUCUAUCUGAGGUCAAAGCCGAAGCCGAGACGAAACAAGAGAUGUUGGAGGCAGACAGCACUGUCCUGACUCCGAAGGUUGAGCAGGCCGAUGGGCUGGUAGACACGUCGGAGAGCGCGAUGGUGAAAGGCCAAGUGAAGGAGGAGAGGCCAAGUACACCAGUGGUGGAUAGUUACGCAGGAAGUCCCAGGUUUGCGGCUCCUAUUUCCAUGUGUGAGAUUCCCGACGGUCUCCAUGAAGCCAGGGAGCCAACCAUCGCUCAGCUGUUACAGGAAAAAGCACUGUACUCGUUCUCCGAGUGGCCCAAGGACCGAGUCAUCAUCAACCGCCUGGACAGCAUCUGUCACGCCAUCCUAAAGGGGAAGUGGCCUUCGUCCAGUGAGCAGUAUGACUCACCGGGCUCCCUGGCCGCCAACUCCUGCCUGGCCAACAGCUUAGCCCAGCACCACCAACACCGAGCAGGUUACCUCCCCACCACGGCCUCAGGCUCCGUCCCAGGCCAGGCCAGAGUCCAGCAGGCGAAUCCUGGACUAGGCUUUUCCAUCCCUCCCCCUCUCACAAGACUACCUAAGUACGUGCCGCGGGGCGGCUCAUGCGGGCGCGGAGCUUGGCGCCUCACCUCCUUGCCUCUCUUACAGGAGAGGCUCGUGGCUCCUCCCUUCCUCCCCGAGCUCAAACGAGCCGGGGGUCGGAGGUCUUUCGACUAUGAGGUUGCUGCUGCCGCUGCAGCUGCCAAGGUUUUAGCCGGGAAAUCUGCAUCGUCGUCGUCGCCGUCGCCGUCGUCGUCGUGCCACGCCGCCUCCAACACGAGCUCCGGCGGUGAGAAAGUGCCGGUGGUGGCCCCGACGUCUCACCGCUCAGGGGCCUUGUUGAUAAACGGUUGGCAAGAAGCGGCCAUGGAUCUGACCAAGUCUUCGGGAGAAAUAAGCACCACUAGUGGCAUUGGGACGAGCGAAGCCGUGGUCGCGCCGGGAAUCGGCCACCACAGUGCCGGGGCGGGCGGCGGUCAUAAACUGCCGCAGCCGCCUCCCAUCACAGCUCCGCUGCAAGGCUCUGUGGGCAUCGACAUGGCUGGGAUACUGCAGGCCGGGCUCAUCCAUCCUGUAACGGGACAGAUAGUUAACGGGAGCCUGAGGGGAGAUGAUUCAUUGAGGAGGAGGAGAGGGAGGAGGAGAAAUGUGGAGGCUCUGUACUCUGAGUUCACCAAAAGCCGAGGACUGCACCUCUCUGAGACACAGGGCCGAGUGGAGGUGAUCAGCCACUCCUCUGUCUCCUCCUCCACCUCCUCGCCGUCCCCGUCGCCGUCGGAGCGGCCCGCGGGGCCCCCCACGCCGUCCUCCUCCUCCACGCCCACGCCCACCCAGACGCCUCCUCAGCCGGAGAUCGUGGCCAUCGACAGAGAGGCGGCCAGCAAAGGUCUGAUCGAGUGGCUCAGACAGAAUCCCGGCUACAGCAUGGACCUUCCCGCGUUCGCUCACUCAGGAGCAGGUCUCUUACAUGGUUUCGUGGAGCGUCCAAAACAGAGGAGGCAUCGCUGCAAAGAUCCCACCAAGCUGGAUAUAAACUCUUUGACUGGGGAGGAGAGGGUCCCAGUCGUGCACCGAGGCACCGGACGCAGGCUUGGAGGCGCUAUGGCUCCUGCAAUAAAGGAGCUUUCCAGGUGGCUAGAUGCAAACUCAGAGUACUACGUGGCUCCAGACUGGGCUGAUGUGGUCAAACACUCUGGUUUCCUCCCCGAAGGGAAGUUCUCCCGCAUCCUGACAGAGCCAGUCAACAGGGACCCGGGCUCUCGGCGCCGCGGGCGCCGGCCUCGCAGCGAGAUGCCCAAACCCCUCCUGUCCGUCUCCGAUUCCUCCUCGUCCGGCCUCGGCCCGCCGCUCUUCAUGAACGGCGGCCUGAUCGGCAGCAUGGACUCCAUGGUGGCCAUGCAGAACCUCCGCGGCGGCAUUCCAGGGAUCCCCAUCUCCGGGAUCAUGGCGGCUGGAUUCCCGCACGGCUUCUCCGCGGCCAUCCAGGCGGGAGGCGCCGGAGCGUCGGCGGAAGACGCCAAGAACGGGCUGAGCAUGCUGCCCAUGAUGCUGCACGGCAUCCCGCACCCUCACGGCGCCGGGAUCCCGCAGCACGCCCUGUUCAGCGUCGGCACGAUGAUGGCGCACGCGCCGCCUUCUCACCCCUCCACCUCCUCCUCCUCCUCUUCUUUACUCUCCGCCGCGAAGGUCACCACGACGACUGCGCCGUCCACAUCCGAGGCGAGCAGCCCCUCUUCGACGACGCCCGCCGAGAGAGAGGGCGCCGCCUCCGGAGCCGCCGGCGCCGGCGAAAAGGAGAGGGGCCGGGAGGAGAAAGGAUCGACGGAGGGCAGCAAACGAGCGUUGGGAGCGGAGGCGGCGGCGGCGGCGGCCAUCAUUACCUCCACCAGUAGGGCCCACAUCACCUCGGCGCACCUGGCGUCCGGCACCGGCAGCCACCUCACCUUCAACCCCUUCCUGAUCCCGGGAAUGUCCCACGGCCUGCUGUAUCCGCACAUGUUCCUGCCGCACGGCGGCAUCAUGGCGCUGCCCGCCAUGCCUCCCGGCGCAGUGGAUGGAUCCCCCGGCAGCCCCAAGAGGAGAAGGAAGAGAGGGAGGGAGGAAGGGGACCGAGAGGAGGAGAAAGAGAAGGCGGCGGUGGGAGACGUGGAGGAGAAAGAAAGUACAGUUCAGGCCUGCGCCGCCUCCCACCCGGCCGCCUCCUCGCCCCCCUCUACCUCAGCUUCCGACCCGGAUCCGCCGCCGCAGGACGAGCUCCAGACUGGGCAGGGGGACGCCGAGGACGGGCCCUCAGAGCCCCAGGAACCGGACUCCAAUAACCACACUGAGGGAGCGGCGGCAGAGGACAACGAGGAAAGACUGGAGGAGACAGGAGAAGAGGCGAACGAGAAGCAGGACCAGGACACUGAGGAGCAGAGACAGGCGGGACAAGAGGAGGCGUAGAAGCUCUCUCCUCCUGUCUCCUUUGUUGCUCCCUUUUCUCGGCUGAGCAACAGUGUAAAGUUUGUGCCGUGUCUGUCAGUCAAUGUCCAUGUAAAGACUUUUAUUAUGAUGAUGACUAAUAAUGAUGAUGAUGAUUAUAUUCAACUUGGUCAUGUUUAUAUACCAAGACCCCACCCGCCCCCGCCCGCCCUCUCGCCCUCCCGCCCUCUCCACUCCCUUAUUGUAUACAGAAAAAAAAAGAAAAAAAAAAGAAAUGACCGUCUGUAUUCUUCCCAUUCAUUCUGCAUCGAGACUCGAGUCGGGAGGAACACUUCUCAGCAAGAACACGCGCGCUGCAGGCAACACGAGCUAAACUGGGGAGCGGCUUCGGCUGUAACACUGAUGCAGUUUUCAAGUGAUUCCAAGGUGGCGUUUUUGCAAAGAUUGGGACACGCUUCGUCUUUUUUUUUAUCAUUUCUUUUCUUUCUUUCUUUUGUUUUGUUUUGCUGUGUUUGCGUGGACACGGGCAUGACUGGAAAGUUGCAGCACAGCUGUCACAGGUGGUUUUUUCUGAAGUUGUUCAUCAAAAGUUCUUGUCACAGAGUCCUGAGAAGCUCACCACGCAAUUUGUGCAACUAUCUAUUGUUGUGACACACUCCACUAAUUUUUUUUUUUUGGGAGAUUGUAUUUGUGCAAUGUUGAAAAACCCGGCAUUCUCGGAUACAUGUAACACUAAAACACCUUUUACCGAGUGGUGGAAGUUAACCUCAAUAUGCAAGACUCACCAUGCGCAGCAGGAAACAGACAGCGGCCACAAUACAUUUCAAAGUUCAGCCCUUUUCAAAAUCACCUCGACGUGAACGCUUGAAUAAAAGGCCCAUUUAGUACAUUUUAAAGUUCAGCCAAAUAAUAAAAAAAGAAAAAAACGUCUGUACUAGUUUUAUAGCCACUAAAAUGAACAAAAUUGUGACAUUAAUAUUGAGGUUAAGAAAAAAGCCACAAUUUUUGUUUUAUCCAAAUUUUAACUUUGCGCUCCCUGCCAGUCCUUCAGACUGCUCUUAUACAUAUAUUUGUUAUUAUCACUGCUGUGCUGUUACUGCACUAACUCAAAAUAGUUUCAAAAGGUUGUUUUUUUCCACUGGGAGUUAAAGAACAGGAGCAUAUUCAGAUCUCUUUAUUUGCUUUUGUUGAUAAAAAAAAAAGGUUAAAAGCAAAGAACAAUCAUGUGGUUCAUUUGUUUUAUUGCUUUUCGAUCAUGCUUUCUUCUUUUGUUUCACUUAACUCAGCCACAAAGUCACUUUGAGAGAUUCGCCCCCUCAAGUGGUCGGAUCAGAUCAGAAAACAUGAAGGACAGGAAUGUCGAGGAGCUCGCUCGGGCCACCACCAGGGGGCGAUAGGACGCAGAUGAGAUUGUUUCCCUGUCCUGCAAACACUUUGAUUAUUUGAGGGAGGCAGAUAGUGGGAGAGGGAAAAAAAAGGUGCUCUUUUGCCAUGUAGAUGCUCGUGUCUCAAAUUUAAUUCCAUUACAAGAAAUCAGUGAAACAGCAGCUCAUCAGGAAUGGUGCAAAAUGACUGCUGCAUGACGGUUGCAAUCAUGACCUGUAGCAUCAUUUUAUCCACCACAGGAUUCUGUGUUCAGAGAGGAUUUAUCUGUGCGUCGUCGACCAUCUGUCCAGGGAAAGGGAAUAGUCUGUUUUUUUUUUUUUAAGGAACAGAUUAAAAAAAAAAAAAAAAAAAAAACAGGAGGUGGAGGGAUACUACGUGGUGCAAUUCACUCUGGCUGAGUGUCUCGUUGCUCUGUGUCUCGUUUGUUCUCCUCAGAUUAGUUUUAAUAGCAGUUCAUACUAAGAGUUUCUUAAUAUGUAAAUCUAUCGCUGUAUAUUGCUGUCUUUUUUUAAGCGCACCGUUAAUUUCCUUCUUUCGUUUGUUUUCUCCAUUGGGGGAAAAAAAAAUACUUGACACAUGCGAGGGGGAUUUUUUUGCAUUGAGGUUAGUCCCAGUGUUUUCUGUAUCAAACAGACUGUACUGUAAAUGAAAUGGAUGCAAGUUGCUGGUUUUAUUCAGUCUUUUCACAACAGGGUGUGUAUUUUGGGGAUAUAUGUCAAAAUGUUACGUAUGACUUCACUUUUUUUUUCUUUUUUUUUGGUUUUCAUCCAUGAAAACAUUAUUUUUGCACAUUGUCUUUUCUUGUGAAUGUUAACCUGUUUCUGUAUUGUCUUUUCUUUGCGUUAUGUGUGCGUGAGAGAGUGUGUGUGUGUGCGUGUGCGUGUGCGACAGCGGGAGAAAGCGUGUAUGUGUGCAUGCAUGCGCACACGUUUUGUCGUGGUUUCUGUUUCCGUCUCGUCCUUACAGAUCACGUUUCUUGUCCGGGAAAAAAAAAGCAAACAAAAAAAAACAUAGUUGUUGCCUUGUCACAAGUUUGUGGCUACAUAUAAUUUAUUAUACUUUUCUUUUGCUUUGCCAAACUUUCACCAAAUAUGACAUUCUUUUCUCUCCUAGUUUCAUUAUGUAUUAUUCAAAGUAAAAUGCCUUAUUUAGAUAGUAUUUUUUGUAUAGAUGUUCUGCUACAUCUCUUUAUAGGGACAUGUUAUAUCGUGUUUGUUUUCAGUUUGUCCGUUAGUUUUUUAUGCGUACACAGCCUUGGUGAUGUGCAUUAUCUUCAAAAGCCAACAGUAACGGGAGGUACCACAGUCCAGAUCACUACAUUUAUUCCUAAAAGUCAAUCAGUCAUCCCUCAAAGCACAAAUGGAGAGUCAACAAAAAGUGACUGUUUGCUUACCAGUGCCUCUAAAAUUACUUUAAAUAGCUUCUCUUUUUGUCGGCUUAACUUGCACACUAUGUUGACGUCACGUUUCCACCUCUGGAAAGUGGUAAAAAUAUGUUGAUUUCACCAUAUAAAUGAUGCCACGCUGUUCAUUAAAGGGAAAGUUUUACUUUAUUCACUCGAGUCUUGACCUCAGUCCUAAAGAAAACAGAUGGCAAUCUCCAAGUUUUACUUUUUGUUAUAUCUGGCAACACCCGUGGUAGCAAGCGGUAAUUGCAAGUGGGUUCAUGAACUUCACCUCUAUGAGAUCCACUGGCUGCGUUCACAGUAACAGUAGUUACUAGACAUGACUACAAAUAUUCCAACUUAACUUUUUACGUGGACACUAAAUAAAAUUUAGAUUUUUUUUUGACAUGUAGAAAGAGGUUCUGCCCACCGUAGAGCACCAAAUUUCUCAAGUAGAGUUUUGAGAAGAACUCAAACUUCUUCUCAAAACUCUACGAUCCCGGUUGCCUUUUUGACACCCUUUGUGUUACCAUGACCUGGAUGGCUGAGAACCUUCACAGACAUAAGACUCAAACAUUUUUAUUGUCAAUUCUCUUUAUUUUCAAACACACAGAAGAAUCUAAUUGCAAUUAAAAUUGCAAAUAAACUAACCUGAGAUUGCUGCUGUUGCCUUUACUGCUGUAGUCAAUGACUUCUCAAACCUCUACAAACCAAGUGGUGAUUAAAUACUUUAUGUAGAAAUAUCAGGAUUUCCCUUUAAGGAUGGCUGUCUCAUGUCAUACCAUUCCCUUACUGCACGAGGCCUUCUGUUUGGUAUUUAGCACAUCGAGAACGAUAACGCGCACACAAUAUGUAUCCAACCUAAGUAUUUGAUUGUUUUUGUGUAUUAUUUGAGAUUCCUGAAACAGUAAGCAAAUCAGAGAGGGGGGGAGCUGGCUGUGCUGCACCGCAGCUAAAUUAUCUGAAGGUUUUUAAAAUUAAAGAGCAAACUUUUAGUUGUUGGCCAUUUCUUGCCACCAGCUUGUUCUUGUGGAAAAACUGGGAACAAACCCAUCAGUGCAGUGACUCCAGCUGGAGGUCAAUCAUGGCGUUGGCUCUGUAUUGUCUCUUCAUGUCACACCACAGUGUUUUUUUUUUUUCUUUCUUUGUUUUCUCCAAAGUCCUGUUUUUUUUUUUUUUAAAGUUCUCCAGAACAUUCACCUCAAAAUGUCAACAUUUAUCUUUUAUCAUAAAUAAUGUAUUUAUUGUACAGUUCUUGUCUUUGCAUUGUUGUCUCGUGACUGAUUUUUUUAUUUUAUUUUAUUUUUUUAUUUACUCUGGAAUGUUUCCUGAAAGACAAAAGCAUUUUGGUUCACAUGGAAGUUUCUUUACAGCCCCUGUCACACGCUGAUCUGCAGAUUCACAUCUGAAUUACGAGCACUUCCUACUUUAUUUUCGUCACAUAGUUGCCAUAUUAAUUGAACUUGAGGCACUUUAUCGGGGGAUUAUCGUGCUGAUUAAAUUUGCAGGAUUCUUUCUUAGGCCCGAGGGUAGCAGCUAACUGUUGGGGGGGGAGAAAAUAAUAAAUCAAGUGCUUUUUGUUGUUUCUAGACAGAAUAUGACUGAAAAGUUGCAGCUUCUGAAACAAACAGUGGAGUUAAUCUGCGCUGCUUCAGAAUCUGAAAACCUCAACAUGAUUUUUUUUUAAUAAAUCAUAAAUAUAAAUUUUUGGUGAGAUAGAUUUAGUUUCAGCAGAAUCAACAGGUUGAUUUAAAAUAUUCUGAACGUCCAUGAAUGCGAUUUGACGACUCACUAAAUCAGUGAACAGAUGUGCAGCACGUUUUGUGUUUUUAUUUUCUGUCGUGUCACAGGUUUUACCACCAUCACGCAGCUUAUUUGCUUUUAUAUUUUUACACGUCCAUGUUCUGGCCUCCUAGUUGGGAACUGCGCAUCCUGCUCAAGUGUCUUUAACUAAAACACGGACUCCCUGCCACCUGAUUCGUAGCUGACUCUAACCUUUGGCCCUCGCUGUUGAAGAUUGUAGGUUGUCGUUCGUUAUAGAUUGGGAAAUGUGACGCUCCAUACGCACGCGGCUUCAGAACCGCUUUCGGAACCCGCUCCGUAAAAAACUACGCGCCAAACUAAGCUGACGGACCUCUGUGUUAAAAUGUGUUUCUCUUCUCUCAAGCCAUCGCAGCCUACGCACUGAAAUAUUUUCUGGGUAGAAGAUGCAACGUACAUCGUUUGAUCCACAGCUCACGGGUCGACUUUCUCCUCCUUCGUAAUAUUCACGUGUUAAUGUGGCGUAAAACUUGAAACUACUUCUCGUAGCUCCCACUUAAACCAAGCGCACAAACUCCAUAUUAACUGAAAACGAGUGCAGAAGCAAACACAAAUGACCUUUAACUAAACAUCUGCGACUCUUGUCUUCAACUUUCUUUCCUUGUUUUCAAGAGGCACAGCUGAAGAGAAACAGACAUUUAAAAAAAAAAAGGAAAAAAGCAGCUGAGACAGGAAAAACAAAGUAAUUGUAGUUUUAUUUAAAAUGUACGAUGACGACAAACCGUGACAGUAGAAAGCUGUAAAAUGAAGACUUUUGAAUGGAUGACUGCAGGUUUAGAUAUCAACACAUGAGAACGUCACCACCCUCGUGCAGUUUUUGUCUGUGGAAGCACCUCAGUAUGACUAAGGCCGGUCAAGUUGAAUAACAUUUGACUGUUCGCAGCCGCUCAUGCUAUCAUCACUGAACCAAGUGCAAAGUAAUUCACAAGGAUGUUGAGAAACUGGCUGAUUCUGACGUCAGAAACACGGUCAUUAAUAAAUAAGUUAUGUUGUGGGGUUUUUAUCUUCUUUUUUUUUUUUUUUUUCUUAUUUGUAACUAUAGCUCUCUGUAUUCCCAUGUGGACCAAUCUCAUGAGUCAAAACAUGGUAUGUGUGAUCUUUUAUUGUGCAAUAAAAGAUGACUUUCAACUUUC